AUGUUGGCGACUCCCCCCGAAGAGAAGUGCGCUGCGUUGCCAUCCGUCACUCCCGACUCCCCUCCGCUCCUGCGUACUUCCCCGUCGUCCAAAAAGCCUCAGAGCCAGGCGGGGCCCAACGACGCUAAGAGCGACAUUUCCAGGUCUUCCUCGAAGAUCUCAUUGUCCGCACAACUGCCAGACUUGGUUCCCAAUGAUGAAAUGAACGGCAUCCAUGGACCUCAAGGCGUAUCGCCCAGCCGCAGGGAAGGUGUUCGCCGCCGUCGCCCUCCUUCCCCUCUGAAGGGUUUCGAGACGUACUCCUCGCAGACCUACCAGCACUGCAACAGCUCAAUGAGUACACCCGGGUCCCACGCUUCCGCUGUUCCAGUGACACCUCAUGCGCUGAACGGUGACGGCAUCUGGCUCAGCUCCGAGUUUUCCCCUACGGCGUCCUUCUCUCCAUUCGACAACGCGCAACUCGAGCUCCCGGAUCUGGCGAGGAAGGUCAAGGAUAUCACGAGGUCGCCGCAGUUUGUCAACGAGGCUACCAUUGGUCACCACCUCCUCGUUCGUGCAGACCCUCAACAAGCACUGACAACAGAUCUCCGAUAUCCCCAUCUCGGUGUCGAAAGAAGAGUUCCAGCUGACCUCACGCCCUAUCGUGCUAUCCUUGUCCGUCAUUUGGAGACCCACGGCUUUGUCAUCCUCUGCUUCCACGACUCGCGUGAUACCAUGAAGGUUUACAACAAGCUUCUCAUCAGCUCUGUCCGCUUCAACCGCGCCUUGGGACCGGUCUCGCUUCAGUGCACCGCCAUCCGCAGGGAUGUCGUACGAGCGAAAGUCUGGAAAGACUCGAUCGCUUGCAUCGAUGUGACAGUGAAGGGACCUGUUACCGUCGCUGGCGUCAAGAUCUUCCGAGCCGAAUACUACGAUGCCCGUGCGGCGUCGAAGGCUGUGCAGGUCCUGGAUGGCGCUCAAAUCGGGGACUUCAAGUUCACCGUCAAGAUCACCACAGAGAAGGAAGGUGAUCCUUUCUUGAGCCGACCCAUCUCUCCUUCACCUCUGCCUCAGCCUUCUUCCGCGCCCCAGUACACCUUUGCGUCUGCCGCGUACGGGAAUCAGCACACGAGGCAGACAUUCUUGGACACGCCGAAUCAACGCACUGAGGCAUUUGGGCCGUCUGCCAGCGCCCCUCGCGCUGCUUCGAGAUUUACGCGCAGUUUCAGCAACAGCUUCGAGCUGCCGCAGACUCAACCCCCCAGCCCGACUGUUCGAUCGAUCAUUUCCCGAACUCACUCUGUAUCAGCGGGUACCGCGGACUGGGCUCGGAUUACUCGUAACGGCACCCACGAUGAGUCUCUCCUUCAAAGUCAGACCCAGGCGCCUCGUUGGUCAGACCCUGUUCUGCUCCAGAGUGUGCUCGAUCAGAUGAGCUUGACUGCCCGUGUCUACCAGCAGACCUCUGCUCAGCAGCCAGUGGUGCCUCACAACCCCCAGGCCAUCCCUGUCGAGAACAUUAUCCACAAGGACAGGAUCAUCAACGGCCUCGACAAGCGCACCACGGUCAUGAUCAAGGACGUCCCCAACAAGCUCUCGCGGGAAGAGCUCGUCAGCAUCCUCCGCGAAGUCGUGCCGAACGAGUUCGACUUUGUCUACCUGCGCUUCGACUUUAACAACCACUGCAACGUCGGUUACGCCUUCGUCAACUUCACCUCCAUCCAGGCGCUGCUUACUUUUGUGGAGCUCAAGGCUGGUAGGAAGUGGAAUUUGUUCGCAAGCGAGAAGGUGCUGCAGGUGAGCACGGGAUGCUUUGAACCCCUGCUAACCGUCAGAAACUCGCAUGUUAUGGAUGCCCUCGAGGAGUGGCGCCCGCAGAUCUUCUACUCUGACGGCGCUCUGAAGGGCCAGCCAGAGCCCUUCCCCGAGGCCGACCACCCCGCGAGGCACCAGCAGCGUGGCUCCUUCUCUCGCGCGCCCUUCGUGACCGGGGCUUCCGGAAGCAACGGAGGCAGCAUCAGUGCCGGCCCCAACCCCUACCGUCAGGCUGCCGCUUGA